CUCUAAACUAAAGGAACACUAAUGCGACCCCAUAGCAGAGCAAGCAUCAGAUGAAGGGACCCUCCUUCAAGUGUUCUUUAUUUGAACUCUUGAGCUGCAUAAAUGGAACUCUGAACCCAAAAAGACCAAACCCAAGUUUCCUUUUCAACACCUAGCCAGCUACCUCAACUCGAGACACCCAUCAAAACACAGAUCGCCCGGCCAAGGAAAGAUAAAAAGAGAGAAAUGAAGAUCAGAGCUGUUGUCAUGGCUGCUUGGUUGCUGCUGCUAAUGUUUUGUUGGGUAUCAGCAGUCGAUCUCAACUUGUCAAAUCCAUUUCCACAGUUGGCAGCAGGACAAGAUCACGAUCUGAAUGUGACGGAAUCCGAAUGGCCGCAGCGUUGUGGAGUGGUGUGUUCGUCCAGUAAAGCGUCAGGGUCAGGAGGGAAGAAGGGAGGGAAGGGAGGUGCAUCCGACAUUGCUCACAGGGCUCCUCCUGGAGCACACAAAAGCAACUCUGCUUCUUUAUCAUCACCCUAUUUCUACUCCCUACCCAUAUUCUCCAUUGCACUCGCUCUCAGCUGCCUUGUAUUUGAUCUCUCCAUAUGGAGCCGGUAGCGGCCUUUGCACAUCCCGUUGGUGUUGUCUGAACUCUCUCCCCGACCGUCUCGUCGGAUGCGGGAAGUCCAUGUAGAGAGAGGUGAUGUAAUGAUAUAGGAUGGUGUGUUUGUGUGCGCUUGUUCAUGUGUAAUAACGUUUUGAGGAGAGAGAGUGGUCUUGUACAAACUCAAGGCUGGCUGACUAGUAACGAAAUGAUUUGUUCCUCUUUAAUUUUGUUGUUGAGUUUAUUUUUAAGUGAUAUAAUAAUAUAAUGUAAUGACUGGUAUACUUUAGGAGUAUACUAUACUCCAAGUGAUC